CAGAAACACGCUCGUCGGAACUGAUCGAGAAGAAGAUGCAGAUCUUCGUGAAGACCCUGACGGGAAAGACCAUCACGCUGGAGGUGGAGAGCAGCGACACCAUCGACAACGUCAAGGCAAAGAUCCAGGAUAAGGAGGGCAUCCCGCCCGACCAGCAGCGGCUCAUCUUCGCCGGCAAGCAGCUCGAGGACGGCCACACCCUCGCCGACUACAACGUGCAGAAGGAGUCCACGCUACACCUCGUGCUCCGCCUACGCGGGGGCACCACCAUCAAGGUCAAGACGCUCACCGGCAAGGAGAUCGACAUCGACAUCGAGCCGACAGACACCGUGGACAAGAUCAAGGAGCGUGUCGAGGAGAAGGAGGGGAUACCGCCAGUGCAGCAGAGGCUCAUCUUCGGCGGCAAGCAGAUGGCCGAUGACAAGACGGCCAAGGACUACAAUAUCAGGGGCGGCGAUGUGCUCCACCUCGUCCUCGCCCUCAGGGGUGGUGGCUACUAGAGGAGGAUGAGUUUUAGGGUAGUUUUGUUACGAUGGUAAUAGUAUGAUUUUGUAAAUUUACAGAAUUGUUUUUCUAUUGAUGCAUACUCUGGGCACUAUGUCCGUCAUUGAUGUGCCUACUA